AUGGCACGGAAACUGAGCCACCAGAGGGUCACCUAUGUGCUUCCUCUCCCCGAUGCCCCCGGUGGGCACCGGUUGGGGGUCAAUGGCCUAACUGUUGACCGUCAAAACUCCAUCCUAUAUUCCGCUGGUCGUGACGGCGUUAUCUGCUCCUGGGAUCUCGAUUUUCCCCUCAAUCCUCUCUCUUCGCAGAAUCCCUUCUCGUCCGCCAAUCGCAAGCCAGGCCCGACUCGAUUCAAGACACAGGUCCAGGCACACAGCCACUGGAUCAACGACAUUGUCUUAACCGAGAACAACUCCGCCCUUGUCUCGGCGUCUUCGGAUACUACCGUGCGGCUCUGGCGCCCGCACUCCGAGUCGACAGAAGUCCCCGAGCGCAUCGGUAAACACGCCGACUAUGUGAAGGCCGUAGCAAGUCCCGGCGGGCAGGCCAGCUGGGUCGCCUCCGGUGGUUUGGACCAUAAACUCUAUCUAUGGGAUCUGAAUGGCGGUGGUGAGGUCCUAAACAUAGACGCCGGUGGUGACGAUACCACCGAGAAGGGUUCGGUCUACGCCCUGGGUGCCGUGUCCUCAGUGCUCGCCAGCGGUGGACCGGAGAACGUCGUUCGCGUCUGGGAUCCUAAGUCUGGCAAGUUGGUAACCAAGUUCGUUGGUCACACAGAUAACGUACGCGAUAUCUUGAUCAAUCAGACCGGGGACACCAUUAUGACGGCUUCAUCGGACCAAACCAUCAAGAUCUGGUCGCUGACUGCCGGUCGUUGCAUGAAUACGUUGACUAUGCAUAACGAUAGCGUCUGGUCUCUCUAUUCUGAUCAUCCAGAUCUUUCGGUGUUUUACUCUAGCGAUCGCUCGGGCUUGGUCGCGAAGACCGACACCCGAAACUCCCCAGACCCGGAACAAGGGACAUCUGUCGCAGCGUUACAAGAGCACGAGGGUGUCGUGAAGGUCGUGGCAGCUGGUGACUUUAUCUGGACAGCCACACCCAAGUCCAGCAUCAAUCGCUGGCGCAACGUUGAUACGGAGCUUGAAAUCGAAGCCCAGCCUGACCCAGCGCGUACUAUUGAGUCUACAACGGCCGACCCGGAGAAAACGCCGGAGAAGGCUCCAGAAAAUGGACCAAAGAAGAUCCCCUACAACGCUGCCUUGCAGCUGUCCGCUACGUCCUCGUUGCUGAGGGGUCCUCCGAAUGGACGCUCUGCAGAGAAUGGCUUGGAGCCUGAUCUCACAAUUCCAGUGCAUUCACUGCCCGAAGAAAGUAUCGAGGGCCAGCAUGGCCUGAUUAAGUGCUUGAUGUUGAACGAUCGAAAGCGUACCCUCACGCAAGAUUCAGCCGGAGAAGUGGUGUUGUGGGAUUUGUUGAAGUGCGUUCCCGUCCAAGAAUUCGGGAAGCGGCAUCUUGAUGAUGUGGCUACCGAGCUCAAUACCACAGAAAGUAUCUCCCAUUGGUGUACAAUCGACGUUCGAACCGGCAGGUUGUCUGUCAUCCUCGAGCCGAAUCGUUGCUUUGAUGCCGAAGUCUACGCGGACGAGGCCGGGCUUUCAGAGACCGAUAUGGUAAAUUUCAGAGAUGAUCAAAGAAUCAAUCUUGGAAAAUGGAUUUUGCGUUGGCUUUUUGCCUCCUUGGUUGACGAGGAGGUUCGGCGCGAUAGCGAAUAUCGCGAAAGUGCCGUGGCCAAGGCCGAAGAACUAGCCAAGCUGAACCCAGUACUGAGCACAUCUGCACCUGGUGAUGAUAUUCCACGAAGCAUGGGGAUUCCCAUCCAUGAUCCCUCUUCCACGACUUUGCGGCCUAAUAUGGACUUCCCCGGGAGCCCCAGCACCGCUGGAUUCGGGAUAAAUAUCGGCACGCCAUCAUCCGCCAAUUAUCUCAGCACUUCUAUGCAGAGUAACUCUCCAUUUCCUGCCUUUGACGCUGAGACCCCAGAUGUUCCUGGGUCUUUGCCAGGGAACCCCGAUGCCGUGCCAUCAUCUGAUUACUUCUCUACGAGGCCAUCUAAUCCACCUCAGCCCGACGAUAAGCCACCCAUGUCUCCAUCGGAAUCGGGAGUACCCCAAUCUCCCGCCGAGCCGGAUAAAGAAGAGCGUAAGAAAGGUGGCUCGCUAUUUGGAAAGAAGUUCCGUAUGGAGUUUCCGAAGAGAAUGGGCCGAACCUCGACGGAUGCGAAGCCUCUGAUCCCGGAGGAGAAGAUUGAGGAGUCUGAGUCUGCCGAUGUCAAGGAGGAGAAGACAUAUGAAGCUAACAUCAGUGGCGUUAUUGAUCGGAUUCGUCACGAGUAUGAUGAAUUCCUGUCUGCAAACCCUGGCAAGGAAUUGGCGACAGCAAUCAUCCCCAGCCUUGAGACCGAAACUCCUCGACUCAGCAUCCCCCCUCGCACUGCGGUUUUCAUCCAGGAGGAGACCGGCGAUACCGCCGUAGCGUCGGAUCUGUACCGAGGAAGUUUUGAAAAUAUAGGACAGGAUAUUGAGCGACUCGAAAAGGCCAUACCUUAUUGGCUUGGUGAACUUCUUUUGAAAAACCAAAUUCCUUUCAAGGAACAGGUCAAGGUUGCAUUUGUCUUGAAACCAUUCGACGACUCUUUGCCUCCUGUUGUGAAGCCCGAGGUACCGACGGCAAAUGGGGGACCUCCUCCUGUCAAUGGAAAUAACAGUUCUCGUCUGAAUGCCAAUCGUAUGCUUCGUGCGAAGAAGGUCCUGGCUUAUGUGGCUGAACGUAUCGACCCUCCCAAUCCGGAUGAGCCCGAGGCCAACGUCAUGCCGCCAGAGGAAUAUCUUGAACUGUAUUGUCAAAAGAUGCUGGUGCCAUCCAACAUGACUCUAGCGACAAUGCGAACACAUCUUUGGCGCACUUCUGGCGAUAUGAUCCUUCACUACAAGACAAACGGCAAGAAGGAGAUCCGACCGCCACCAUCGUUGAUGGGCAACACUGAAAGUCACGUCGAGACGGGUGGCCCCACCACCCCCAACGUCACAAACGGCGAGACAACGGCCCCUCCCGGUAGCAUCCAUUCGAUGACCACUGGUUCGGUCUCUGGCUCGAUUGCAACCUAA